AUGUCUACCUCCCCGUGGGUUGAGUUAGACAAUGAAAUAGCUACAGUGAUCGGUUGGGGUACGCAAUGGUACGGGGGUCCAGCGAGUCACGUCCUCAUGGAAGUUUCUGUACCGAUAUGGACAAGAGAAAAAUGCACACCAGCGUUUAGUGAUUCAGUCUUCAACGAAACACUAUGUGCUGGCGGUCCAAAUGGAGGAAAGGAUGCUUGUCAGGGUGACAGCGGUGGUCCUCUAAUGUACCAGAUGUCUAGUGGUCGUUGGACAGUAGUAGGAGUGGUUUCGUGGGGAUUACGUUGCGGCGAGGCUGAGCACCCAGGCCUUUAUGCCCGCGUCGAUAAAUACCUCGAGUGGAUACUAAGGAAUUCUGUCUUCUAG